AUGGGUCCCCACCAACCAGGACCGCCAGAAAGUCCCCAACCCUUCCCUUUCCGCCCACCAUCCACCCCUGACCCCACUACACCUUUCACUGGACCUCAAGGCCAGCCACCACCUCCACCGCCACCAAUGAAGAGCGACGCAUCCUUUGCCCACUCUCUCAUUGAACUUCACUCAAAUCCCACCACACGUCACAUCGCUAAAAAUCUUCCCUGCAUAACCCAACCCUUCGCUAACAUCUCCAAUCAAUCCCAGCUCACACAGGCAGUCUCUUCUCUUCAGAUUUUAUCAUGCAAAGGCAUUCAUUUGCCUACACAACAAUGUGCAAAUUGCAAGUCUCUUAAGUUAGGGAAAUGGGUUCAUAUUCAUUUGAAACUAAUUGGACGAAAAAGACCCAGUUCGUUUUUAUACAAUAAUUUGAUUCAUAUGCAUGUACAGUGCGGUGAUCAUGUUAGUGCUUAUAAGUUGUUUGAUGAGAUGACCGCAAGAAAUUUGUACUCUUGAAAUAAUAUGCUUUCCAGGUAUGCUAAAUCAGGCAUGACAAAUCUAGCUAGGAAGUUGUUUGAUAAAAUGCCUAAGAGAAAUGUUGUUUCCUGGAAUACUAUGGUUAUUGUAAGGCGAAGCCCCUUUUUUGGUGAAGGUUUAAGGUUUUAUAAGGAGUUAAGGAGAUUAGGGAUUGGUUAUAACGAGUAUAGUUGCGGGUUAUUGAGUGUUUAUGUUAAGUUUUAGGAAUUGGUACUUGUUAAACAGGGUCAUGCCGCUGGAUUUUUGUGUAAGAUGGUGAUUUCAAGCCUGGUUGCUGACGCAUACGCAAAUUGUGGAGAGAUGAGUGAUGCUACGAGGUUGUUUGAUGGGAUGAAUGUGAAGGAUGUUCUUGCAAGGACAACGAUGGUUUUGGGGUAUGCACAAUGCGGGGACAUGGUGGUGGCUAGGGUAUUGUUCAAUUUGACGCCUAACGAGAAUUCAGUCGCGUGGACAGCUUUGAUUUCUGGGUAUGUUAGGCGUGGUUUGGUGUACAACGCACCUGAGUUGUGUAUGAAUAUGAUAGUGUUAGGCAUUAGACGGAAUCGACUUACUUUUAUUAGCAUUCCUUGCGCUUGUGCCAGUAUAGCUUCGGUUAACCUUGGUAAGCAAAUAGAUGGUUACUUGAUAAGAACAAAUGUUAGACCUAAUACAAUUGUUGUGAGUUCUCUUAUUGACAUGUAUUCCAAAUGUGGAAGUUCGGAAGUUGCGAGGCUGGUUUUUUAUCUUAUGGGUAAUAAGCAAGGUGUUGUCUUGUGUAACCCCAUGAUUUAUGCUUUGGCACAACAUGAUCACAGUGAAGAAGCUAUUCAGAUGUUUGAUGACAUGGUGGGAAAUGGAUUAAGACCAGAUAAGAUGACAUUGGUUGUCAUUUUCAAUGCAUGCAGUCAUGCGGGUCUUGUGGAGGAAGGGUUUAGGUUACUUGAAUCCAUGACUGGGGGUAAUGUCAUUUUUCCCAAUCAAGAACAUUAUGCUCGCUUGAUUGAUCUCUUGGGUCAGGCACGGCGUUUUGACAAGUUGAUGGGAGAACAUGCACUGCAAGAUCAAUGAACAGAGAUUUGGAAUGCUUUAAUUAGCGUUUGUGGAAUCCAUGGGAACAUUUAGUUUGGGAAAAAAGUAGCUGAACAACAUAUAGAGUUGGAGCCACAGUCCCCUGCAGCUUAUAUGCUGCUAUCAAAUGUAUAGGCUGAACUUGGGAGAUUGGACCUGGUAGAGAAGGUCAGGCAGCUUAUGUAUGAUUGAGAGACAUGCGAAAGGAGCCGAGCUCUUAGUCGGAUAGAGAUUGAAAAUACAGUGCAUGCUUUCACUGUCUCGGAUAGGUUACACCCUUUGAAAGAAGUAAUAUAUUCAUUCUUGGAACAAUUAGUUGGCUGGAUGGAAGAGGAAGUUUCAUCACCUCUUGCUGAAAGGUAGAAGGUUUUCAUCUUUACUUCUGCCGGGCAAUAUUGAUGGAUACCUACAUAAGUUGUAUUUUUGGUACAAUUUUCCCGAACUUGUAACAUUUUUUUUCUACUCCAUUGAGGAGGUCUUUUAGUGUUGAAAGUUGUAUUCACAUCUCAUAGAAUUGAAUGUCCACAUCGUUACAUCUCCGGAAUUUCUUUCAGUAAUUAGAUAGGAAAAUCAUUGUUUGAAUAACACCGUAUCAAAUAAAACUGAUACAGAGAUAAUUGUUUGCAAUCAUUUUCCAUGUUGUGGUAUUUGAUUACUUUGUAACGUACAAUAAUUGUUUGUGCUUUGUGGCUAUGGAGGCUUUUACUGCCUUGAUCGAAUAAACGCAUAUAGGUUGCAGGUA